ACGCGCUGGACGCGACGCGACGCGCCUCGUCGCGCAGGAGUGUGUGCGAGUGUUUGUGCGGUGGCUGGAGCAUCCACUGGAGCGGGCGCGAAGGUCGCCGUGGCGGUCUCGCAGUGAAAAGUCGAUGGCCAAACGCAUCGCGACCCAGGUCCACAAGACGGCCUCGCGUCUCCUCCGCGAAAACUACUUCCCCAAGGAGCCAGCAUGGUUCCAGGCCGUCCUUGACCACCCUCCUAUCGCCGUCCCGCCCAGAGACACUGCAUCCCGGACGAGCUUCGACUUGCCCCAGCACCGCUCUGCCACCACCCAGAAGUCUCGCUCAUCCGCCCGCCCUCCAGCCCGGCCGUCAAGCAUCCAGUACAUUGAGGACCAGAUCCGGAGGCAGUUCUUCAGUGACCAUCCCUUCGAGGCUUUCAGGCCGACGACCCUCGUUGAAGGGUUGACCAUAGAGGAUGAGCACCCCAUACGGGGCGAGCAGUGGACCAGGCUUAGGCAGCGGGGUCGCAAUCCCACCCCAGAGGAUGCUGUCCGCUUCGCUGUCAAUCUGUACACGCACCAUGGCGUGCCCAUUUCGCCCGCGUACGCAAUGGCCGUAGCGCAGUUCCGGUCUUUACGCUCGGAGCAGCAAUUUGCGAGGCGGUUCGCGCUCCUGGAGGCGAAGCACCACGGUGUAGAGUUCGGGCCAUCCCAAACCGAGAUCACUUUCCAGAAGGAAGACAAGGCAUUGAACACUUGGGAAAACACCGAAAAACAACAUCUCGAGGAGGCUAUUGCAAGGAAGAAGUGGAGGGCUAUUGUGGAGAGAGAUUCGCCGCCCACGCCCUGGACGAAAGGGCAGGAGUAUACGCGGCUGUGGCAGGAGGGGGUGCGGCCGUCGUACGCUCCGCUGCAAAUCGCACCGUCAGUCGCUACACCGGCGGGGGCAGCGUUGACACCAGAUGAGCAAGUGCAGAUUGCUAUGCAAAAUCGGUUACGCAAACGGGACAGCUUCAGGGUGUUGCCAAGUCUUGCACCUGCACGCAAAUAAUGCGUACUCCUCCGUCCUACCACAUACUUAUGCACUGAACAAUGAUCG